GUCAAACCCCCUCCCACGACCCUUUACCUCUACCUCCCGUCGACGUUGAAAAUGCGUGCCUUCGCGACUUUCUCUCUCCUCUCCUGCCUUGCUGCGCCUAUCGCGGCCCAAAAUGUCACAUUCCUCACUCAGUUCCUUCAAGAGCUUCAGAAUCUGGGCUUGACGUCGCUCGCUAAUGUCUCUACCGCCAUCAACUCGACGACGACGGGUCAGACCAUAUUGGCCUCACUCAGUUCCGGCCCUCUGACUGUGUUUGCACCGAACAAUGAAGCUUGGGCUGGAGCACAUCCGAAUAUUACUGGGAGUGCGGAGCUGUUGGCGGAAGUCCUGUCAUACCAUGUUGUUCCUGGUACCUUCAAUGUUACUCCAAGCUUCCCCAACACGACUGUCGGCCGCACCCUGUUGAACUCGUCUGACCUCGUUUUCCUGGAGGGCAACAAACAUCAGGUGCUCGCAUGGACGGACAGGAAUGGAACGGUUGAUAUUCUUAAUCAAAACACGCCAUCCGUCGUCGUGAAUAGCUCUACUGUCGGAAACAUCACCCUGCACGUCACAAGUGCGGUAAUUGACGUACCAGGCGACUUCGACGCGGCUGUGUCCGCGAAUAACCUCUCCGCUUUCAGAACAGCACUUCAAUCUGCAUCAUUGUUCGACGCGCUCAACACACAGCAUGGUGUGACCGUCUUCGCUCCGUCGGACGCCGCCUUUGAGAGAGUGCAACAAAACCUUACCUCUGCUGGCUCCAAUGCGACAAUCCUGUCAAACAUUUUGAAGAAUCAUGUCAUCAACGGCACGAGUGUAUACAGUGGCAACCUCAUCGGACUCGGCAGUUCAAACGAGACAACCGCGGCUGGCGAGGGACUCCGAGGAAACUUCAACUCCUCUGGCGGAUUCGUAACAGUUGGAAACUCGACUGGAAAGAUUACCACGCCGGAUGUUAUUCUGUGGAAUGGUGUCAUGCACAUUAUUGAUACCGUUCUCUUCGACGAAGAUAGUGAUGCGAGCGCAGCGAGCAGUGCAGUCAGCUCUGCUAACGCCGCUGCUACGGCAUCGACAACGGAGUCUGGUCCAGUUGGCUUUACUCAGACUGCUGCGUCUGCUGGUGCUCCUGGAGCGUCGUCUUCUUCGGCCGCAGGCAUCGUGAACGUUCCGUUCGCGCAGACUGGCCUGGCAAGCGCUGUGAGCUUGCUCGGUGCCGUCUUCGGCGGACUUGCAAUUACACUCUGAAGUGACUGUUUGGUUUUGCCCGAAAUAAUGAUUGUUGAAUGUUUUACGGAUUUUCGAAUGACGCUAAUGUACCUUGGUGCUUAGCUUACGAACUGUUGUACCGUUUUACUUUCUUAACGGCUGAUCAUUUUGAAGGAUGAUUCUUGUUUUGUUCUGAAUUGACACAUUUUCCGUUUGCUAGUAGUUGUAUUAGUAGCUUUAUAAUUCUUCACAUUAGUUCGCUUUGACUUGUUUUUACAUGGUGUGAACUUGAUGUAUGCGUUCAAUGUCCUUGACAGUGAGAUCCGAUUUG